GAUAAAUAACUUAAGAACCCAACAGCACUAACACAUAAACAUUUGUCCUGGGAGGAACGAUGACGCAAACAUACAUGUUUCUAUACGGACAAAUUUCCAAGCAGGACACAGAUGGGCGAAAAGCCCUAAAUAUAUGUUUUGAGAAAAUGUCAGGACUUUCAGAAACGGAGCGUGUUGGCUUUAAAAAGAUAUUCAGCUUAAUGACGGAAGGCGAUUUACACUCACUCAGUGACACGGUCACAAAUAAGAUGAUUGUUGUGGAAAACGUUGCAGAGGCUAUGGAAACGAUCCUGAGCUUCUCCAAAAAUGCCGAGGAGCUCCUUAGAAGGAGGAAGGUUCAACGUGAACUCAUAUUUAAAUACCUAGCCAAAGAAGGGGUGACAAUGCCCCCAACCAGCGAGAAACACCAGCUGGUGAAGAGGACCCUGGAGCUGUGGUCAUCAGGGACGGUGGAUAAAGCCAAGCAGCAACAGCUGACAACAUCUGAUUCCAAUGACAUAAAAACCAAGGUUGGCUUUGAUCCACUGAUCCUGGGACAGCAGUUCUGUCAGUGGUUCUUCCAGAUCCUGAACAGUCAGAACCCUUCACUGGGCCAACAUCCUCAAGAAUGGGGACCGCAGCAUUUCUGGCCAGAUGUGAAAUUACGCCUUCUUUCCAGAGCUACGACUGAGCAGAUGGAGGAGUUACUGGGGGCUGAACUGGUCAGCCUUCGUCUUUUGGCCCUGACUAGUGGAGAGCGCCUCCUCUUCAGUCCCAACCUGGAUCCUCAUGGUCUCAGGGCCCUGGCCUCCCCCCAUGGCUUAGUGCUGGUGGGUGUUGCUGGGACCAUCCACAGAGACCAGACCUGUCUUGGUAUCUUCGAGCAAAUAUUUGGCCUUGUCCGCUCACCCCUUAAUGAAACCAGUUGGAAGAUAAAGUUUGUCAAUCUAAAGAUCAGAGGACAGGAUGCCAUUGGAGGGACAGAGGUUGCAGCACCAGCUUUGAACUACAACUCCAGUGAGCUGCAGCGUCUUUGCAGCUGAUGACAGCCAAGAUAAAGCUGGUUAUCUUUUACACUAUUUUACCCAGGGAUGCUUUAACUGACUGGGCAUGUGUCACCCAAUAUGUACUUAUCUGAGUUACCUAAACACUUCAAAAUUCAGAUUAGAUGCUCGGUUGGGGUUGGUAGGGGGACAACGUUUUAGUUCAGGUCACUUUUUGCCCUGUUAAUGCAAAUUGAUGCAUGGUAAGUUUUUUAAUUCCUUUAGAGUUCCUGUUUAUUUUUACAAAUGCAGCUAUUCUGUUGCUUUUCUGUUUUACUAAAUACAUUUUAUGUUGCUGCAAAGUAUGUUCUUUGACAGCUUGUGCCUUAUGCAAAAUAUACUGCUGAUGCAGUCUUAAAUAUACAUUUGUAAAUAUGUAAUUUAUAGAAAGAGUUGAGUUGUGUACAUUUGAACUGUAAUUACAAGUACGUCUUGCAAAUUGGAUUAUUAUCUUAUAUCUAUGACAAGACAUGCUGAAUUUCUGGUGCUUUCUCAUGAUGAGUAAAGGUUAUCCCAUGAUCUUGUGUUGGCAUACCUAUGAACCCACAAAUAAAGUAAGUGCACCUAUGCAAAGGUCUGUAGUAGGUAUAUAUGUAGACAAGCUGUAUAAAAUAUUCAACAGAUAUCUCUGUAAAGCAUCUUCCAAUAAAUUACACCUCUUAAAUAACUGUUCUAUAAAAGCAGUAAAACUGCUGAGCAACCAUUUGCAGUAGACGGCCAAAAUUAGCACACUCUCCUAGCUCAUAAUCGCGAUACUAAAAUGUGGGAGUAAAGGAUAUUAUUUAAACAUACUUCCUACAUUUUAUAGAAAUCUACCUUGCAAACAUGAGACAUCUGUAAAAAAACUUAACUGAAAGGAGGUCUAAUAUUUUAUAGUCAUCUGUUUUUUACUGUGCCCUGUUUAUAUUCCCCAAUGUUUGUUUUAUUAAACCAACACAAAGUCGUGCAUACUUGUCAAAUGGAAGGAAAGUGAUAUAUGGUCCUCAACAUUUUAGAAACAGAAAAAUGAAAUAUGUUGCUUGCAUAUGUAUUCAACCCCUUUUAGUCUUUUUCCCCUAAAUAAAAUCCAGUGCUUCCAAUUCAGAAGCCAUCUUGGUAAACAGAGACAAGCCAGCUGUUCUCUUGAAGGGUUAGGUUAUAUGAUUGCAUUCCCAGCGUUGAGCUCCUCACAGAGCACUUUAUCAGAGAUUGGAAAGAUGAGACCAAAUGCUACUUUUUGGGCUACAUUCAGAAUGCAUUAUGUGGUGAAAAACUAAUACAUCUUCACCCUGACCACACAUCACUCAAUGUGAAACAGUGGUGGCACCAUCAUUCUGAGGGGAUGCUUUAUUUCAGCAGGGACAGGGAAGCUGGUCAGAGUUGAUAGGAAUAUAGAUGGAGCUAAAUACAGAGAAAUCCUGGAUAAAAAACUAUUGGGGCUCUAGAAAGUUGGGACUAGGACAGAAGUUAUCCUUUAAACAGAAACAUACCCCUAAACAUACUGAAAGAUCUAUUAUUAAAUGUUUUAGAUCAAAGCAUAUUCAUGUGUUUGACUGGGCUAGACUUUAAUACAGCUGAGAAUUUUUCACAAUACUGGGGGUUAGGGUUACUGUUUACAGAUGUUCUUUGCUCAAUCUGAUUGUGUCUCAGAUAUAGAAUGUGCAAAGAUGGUAGAAACAUACCCCGAAAGUUUUAAUUGCAUCCAAAGUUCAUUCUACAAAUUGUUAAAUCAGCAAGCUAAAUACAUAUAAACUGCAUACUUUGAAAACAAUGUAUAUUUGUCGUAAUUCAGAGUUAUACAUUACUUUGCAUUGAUCUGUCACAAAAGAUCCAAAUAAAAUAUUCAAAUAUAUAAAAAGUUUAUGGUUGUAAUGGGAAAAAUGUGGGAAAGUAAAACAUUUUUUAAUACAUUUACAAGACACUGUAUGUAGACUGUAUUUUGACAUCAAAAGACAUAGCAUAAUAGGUUUGACAUAUAUUUUUUGUUUUACUGGGUCAAUAAUAGCAAUUCAAUGGAUGGAGGAAUGGUUUCUUAAAAGUGUCUUACCGUAACCUUUAACUUGUAAGAGUUUUUUUUUUUCGCAGAUUGUGUUUUUCCAAGAUAUAAUCCCAGUAACCUCUAUCCUUAAGCCCAUAGUACUUGAGUUUUAGUAAAGGAGGUGUGCAAGACAUAUUUUUUUUUACUUGUUUUUGGACCACUAAGCCCCCGACAGCUUUUGUCUUUGAACAUCUCCACAGAUGCUCAAGACACUUCCUAAUGAAUAAAACAUCCCAGCAGUUACUGAAGCAAACAAUUUUCUUUGUUUUUAUAUAGUUUUCAGAAAGUAUGUGAGUAAACCAUUCACAAGCUACAACUCCAUCAAAAUGCUGCAGCCCGGAUCAUUACCUCCCUUCAGGACAUCACCCCGGUCCUGCAGCAGCUCCACUGACUCCCCGUUCAUUACAGUAUUCAGUUCAAAAUCCCACUUCUUACUUUCAAGUCUAUUCAUAACCUGGCUCCUUCUUAUCUCUCAUAACUCCUUUAGGUCAACACACACUACUGCUCCCUUAGAAGUCCUCUUCCCUCGCCCAUCUUGCACCAUGGGGGAGUAGGACCUUCAGCUGCUCUGCUCCCCAUCUUUGGAACAAACUCCCCCAGACCUCCUUUAACAUUCAAUCACUUUCAACCGUCUUUCAACCGUCUUUGUAUGGUGUCCUUGAGUGUCUAGAAAGAUGUCUUCAAAUUAAAUUAAUUAUUAGUAUAAAUUAUUAAGACCAAAAGUCAUUUGUUUAGUAUUUUUUUUUGUUUAAAUAAUUAGUAUUUACUGCAGUUGCCCUUACAAGAACAGACUGCUGUGCUCUGUCAGAAAACUUUCUUUAACUAGGCAGCCAUCUGACUAAAACAACUUUAUUAACCAAAACAUUCAACUACUGUGCUUCAGAAGUGAAGCUAUGUACUACAUAAUGCCAUGUAACAUCUAUAUAAAUGAAGCAAGUCCAAAUACAGGGAGCUAAAAUUAAUGAUUUCUGUAAAUGAUAAAUAAUAACAUAGCAUGUUCAAACCUAAGAGAUAAAUAAUUGGAAUAUAAGGGUUAAUAUGCUAACCCAUUUACACCUGGUAUCAUAAUUUGUUCUUGGUACAGAGGCUGCUAAUAACUCAGAUCCUAAAAUGCAAAUUUGGUGGCUUGGGUGGGCCCAGUUGUCAACACAAAUGGUGCAAUAGACAUCACACUUGAAUCUGGUGUAAAUGGGUCAUACAUGUAGGAGGAGGCAGGGGAUGUUCCGGCCUCAUCAUCAUCGUUAACACUGACGUUUCUGUGGAACAACAGCUGAAUAAUAACCGGGUGAAUAGUUGAAGUGAAAUAAUUUGUCUUGGAAACAAAAAGGUUAUCCAUAUAGCACUUUUCACUGUUAUUUCUAGAUACAGGUUUCUUGCAUCAUACAACAUUUACAGUGUCUUGUAAAACUUCACAACCCUAAACUUUUUUUUAAAAUUUUCUACAUUACAACCACAAAUCCAAAUGAAUUUUGUAAGCAAAUUAUGUCAGAGUUAAAGUAGUACAUCAUUGAAGGGGAAAUGAUGCAGUAGUUUUUUUCCAAAUAAAACUGGCCUACAUUUGCAAUCAAGCCUCUGAGUCAAAACCAUUUAAAACCCAUCAGUUGCUUCAGUUAAAGCUUUAGAUCUUUUGGGGUAAGUUUGUACCAGCUUUGCACAUCUAAAUUAAAAGUUGUCCUCGCAUAGUUGAUUGAGCUUAGUCAGAUUAGAUGAAAAGCAUUUUUGAACAUUGAAUACCCAAUUAAAUUAAUGUGUGGACUUUGACUGGGGCAUUUCAUGAUAGUAACAUGUCCCAUUGUGGUGCUGGUUGUAUGUUUAGUGUUGUCAUGCAGGAACAUAAACCUUUACCCCUCUUUCAAGUCUCUUGGAGCCUGAGCUGGUUCUCUUCCAGGAUUGCCCUGCAUUUAGCUCCUUCCACUUAUCCAUCAGCUCUGACCAGCAUUCCUUUUGCUGCUGAAGAAAGCAUCCCCACACAAUGAUUCUGCCACAUCCAUGUAUGUCUAAUGUAUUCACAGAUAUGCUGUAUUUAUACAGAGAUUAAAUUACAAAGGUGCAGUCUUUUAUUAAAUUGGUUGAACUUUGGGAGCAGUUGCUUGAAGUGGAUUUUAUUUGUUUUUAUUUAUUAAACCUUUUGCAUGGCAUCUACAUGCACCAAUUAUGUGACACAAGCUUUAUCAUGACUAGUUAUUGAUGCAGCAGAGCUUAACUUUUAUUGAUUCUCUUGAGUCAUCCCAGGGAGGGCACGCAGGGUCUACUGGAGAAUACAGUGUGCCCAUAUGCCUUUGUGGCUUUUGUGGGAACUGUUACAUGUGGGAAAUUAUUCUUGGCAGCCUCAUUCAAAGGCGCCUGGAAUAGUUAAUUUCUGUGACUGUGUGGGUUGGAGCCACAUGCCUCCUUGUGCUUUACAGCACCAUAGUUGUGGUGAGUGGAAACCGCAGCCGCCAUUGAUCUCAGCCUGUUCACCUCUUCGAAAGAAUAACAUGCUGCUUGCAUUCUGUCUUCAUGGCACUUGGCUUCUCUAAGUUUUAAUAAGCGGUUUGGAGCACAGGCACAGCGCUGACGCAUGGGUUCGAAAAUACUGCGGCAGUGGCGUCUGGUCAUGGUUUUGUCUUCAGAGGACUUUUUUUUCCUACUUCCACUCUCUAUAAUAGGGAAGUGUGUUUCUCAUAAAGAAACAUGCUAAAAACUUACACCCAUGUGUCCUUGAAAUACCUUGUGGGUGUUGGGCCAUGGAAAGGGGUUGGUUUAAUUUUAAAAUCCAUAUUGGUUUACUUUUUACUUUGAUUUUAGACUGAUUAGAUGUUGGUUGGGCCACAACAAAUCCCCAUUAGUGAUCAGAGAGGACUUUAUUAAACACUUUACACUGAAAGUCUGAAAACUUUAUAUGUUCAAUGUGUUAUAUUUUAACAAGACUAGAACAAUACUUAAAGAAAAUGUUUAUUUUAAUAAAAGAAAAAAAAGAUUAUAA